AUGAAGAAGAUUUCCUUGAUAGUAUCUGGUAUUAUUGGUGCUAUUAUAGCUUUGGGAAUUGGAAUGGUAAAAUUUAAUGUUGCUAAUAUUAAACAGCACAAAAUAAUUGAAACUUUAUUAACACCUUCAAAUCAGUUACCUCCAAAUAUUGGACCUAAAACAAUGAUUAUACAAUACUGUGAUACAUGUAGUACAAAAAGUUUAUACCAACAAUUACAAAGUUAUUUGAGUUCACGUGUAACUGAUCCAGAUUUUCAAUUUAUACCAAUGAAAUAUAAUAUGUCUCCAUUAAAUAAAUUUUUAAGUUAUGGAAUUACCACAUGUCAAGUUGGAUUAGGAUUAAGUGCUUUUCUUUUCCCAAAUAUAUUUUCAGCUACAGGUCCAGAUGGACAACCAGCUGGUGGCCCAAGAACACAUUUAUUUAUGUUAAUAUUUUUUGGUGGUAAUAUUUUACGUGGUCUAUUUACAAAUUCCAAUGCCUUUGAAGUUUAUUUAGGCACUGAAUUAGUGUAUUCAGCACUUAAUAAUAAUAGUUCAGGAUAUGCAACUCCUCCAACUAUUGAACAAAUAGGUGAAAUAUUAACUAAACAUGGGAUCAGCAUUGUAGAAACAAUUACAGAAUAG